GAAGUUGCCAAAAAAGUUGUAGGUCUACAACACAACACGAUCCCUUUUUGGAUAUAGAACAGCAGAGAGAAUAAUUUUCACAAGCAGCAAAGGAUAACUAGAAAGCAAGCAAUGAAUCCUUCCAGUCUCCAUCUCCUCAUUCACAUCUUCUUAGAUUUUUAAUACCCACAGUGAAAAGUCUUGAAGAGACUGAUGCAAUGAGCCCUCCAAACAAGAAACUCUCUUCCUCCUCAUCAUCAUUAUCACUGGGGUCUCCUUCUUUUUUGGUUCUGAUUGUUGCCGUGCCAUUGGUUGUGAUCUCUAUGGUGGUUUUUUUACUGAUUCCUCAGAGCUUUUCUUGGUCUUCGUUGCCUUCACGAGCCACAAGGCGAGUUGGGAUCUGUGGUUCAUAUCCUUGUGCUUCUUUUCCACUGGAAGAAGAAGCUCCUGGAAACUUCUCCAUCUUCAAUUCUUCAGAGAGUUUGAUAGCAAAAGAAUUGAUCCAAUCUGGACAAGCGCAAGAGACGUUGAGCCUUAAAGAAUCUGAUGAAGUUGGUGUUAAUGCAACAGCAAAAGUUAUAAAGAGAUACAGUAGCUUAGCGAAAGUGGAAGCAAGCUUGGCUAAAGCGAGGUCUGCCAUAAGAGAAGCAGCUCGAGUUCGGAACCUAACAUCAGUCCACGAGGACCCAGACUACGUUCCACGAGGUCCGAUCUAUAGAAAUGCCAAUUCCUUCCACAGGAGCUAUUUGGAGAUGGAGAAGCUAUUCAAGAUAUAUGUGUACGAAGAAGGGGAACCUCCAUUGUUUCAUGAAGGGCCAUGCAAGAGUAUAUAUUCAACAGAAGGGAGAUUCAUUCAUGAGAUGGAAAGGGGCAACUUCUUUAGGACCAGAAACCCUAAUGAGGCUCUGGUUUAUUUUCUUCCAUUUAGUGUGGUGAGGAUGGUGCAGUACCUGUACGUGCCAGGUGCCCAUGAGAUUCAUGCAAUUGGACGUGCUGUUGUGGAUUAUAUUAACAUCAUUUCCGACAAGCAUCCUUUCUGGAAUCGAAGCCUUGGUGCUGAUCAUUUCAUGCUCUCUUGCCAUGAUUGGGGGCCCCGGACAUCAAAAUAUGAUUCAAAUUUGUUCAAUAAUUCAAUCAGAGUUUUAUGCAAUGCAAAUACUUCUGAAGGAUUCAACCCUUCAAAAGAUGCCUCAUUUCCAGAAAUACAUCUAAGAACCGGAGAAGCGACAGGACUCGUCGGUGGCAUCUCCCCUUCCCAGCGAACUAUUCUCGCCUUUUUCGCCGGCCGACUACACGGGGACAUUCGGCCACUACUUCUAGCUCAAUGGAAAAACAAAGACCAAGAUGUCCAAGUCUAUGAGCAACUACCUAAGCAGAUGUCAUAUGAUUACAUGUUAAAAAAGAGCAAGUUCUGCUUAUGCCCUAGUGGAUAUGAAGUGGCAAGCCCUAGGGUUGUGGAAGCUAUCUAUGCAGAAUGUGUUCCUGUGCUGAUUUCAGAAAACUAUGUGCCACCUUUUAGUGAUGUGCUGAAUUGGAAGGCAUUUUCUGUGCAAAUUGAAGUGAAAGACAUACCCAAAAUAAAGGAGAUUCUAAUGGGGAUAUCUCAAAGCCAAUACUUGAGAAUGCAUAGAAGAGUAAAGCAAGUUCAAAGGCAUUUUCUAGUGAAUAAUGGAGCUCCCAAGAGAUUUGAUAUGUUUCACAUGACCAUCCACUCUAUUUGGCUUAGAAGAUUGAACAUUCAUAUUCAAGAUUAAUUAUUAGUUUUUUGUUUGUUAAAUAGCAAAAGUUGUUAGUGAGAAUAUGUUUAGGUUAUAAGUGAAAAAAAAUAUUUAUUUAUAUUAUUGAACUUAAUUUUAUAAAUAACAUAAUUUUUG